CACUGUUCUUGUCGUUUCCGUCGCCGUGCUCUUAAGUCACAUUUAAGAUGUUUUCGUGAACUUUAGCACUGGAAUCAGUUUGUUUGCAGCUGUCAGUCGCACUCCGGAGCCAUGAGCGCCGUUCUGCCUCGGAUAGAGCAGCUGUCCUCCAGAGUCAUCAGGGUUUUAGGCUGCAACCCGGGACCGAUGACUCUGCAGGGAACCAACACUUACCUGGUCGGCACAGGAAAAAGGCGUGUGCUCAUCGAUGCCGGAGAGCCCUCGGUACCUGAAUACAUCAAGAACCUAACAAAAGCUCUGGGGGAGUUCAGCACCGGCAUCCAGGAGAUCCUCGUCACGCACUGGCAUCACGACCACACUGGAGGAGUAGAGGACAUCUGCAGAGACAUCACGGGACCUGAGAUCCGAGUCAGCAAACUUCCACGCUCCACCCGAAUCCCCGAGAUUGCUGGAAACAAGAGCUACACCUACCUGAAGGAUGGAGAUGUCAUCCACACGGAAGGAGCCACUCUGAAAGUUCUGUUCACGCCUGGCCACACGGAUGACCACAUGGCUCUGCUGCUGGAGGAGGAGCGAGCCAUCUUCUCUGGAGACUGCAUCCUGGGUGAGGGCACGGCGGUGUUUGAGGAUCUCCACGACUACAUGAAGUCACUGAAGAUCCUGCUGGACUCCAGCGCUAACCUCAUCUACCCCGGUCACGGCCCCGUGGUUCAGGAUGCUGGCUCCAAGAUCCAACACUACAUCAGCCACCGAGACCAAAGGGAACAACAGAUCCUGGCUGCCAUCAGGGACGGAGCAGGGAAGCCGUUCUCCUCCAUGGAGCUCGUCAGGAUCGUUUAUAGGGACACACCUGAGCACCUGCAUCAGGCGGCUAACAUCAACCUGGUUCAUCACCUGACAAAACUGGAGAAGGAGGGAAAAAUCACAGUGGUGAGUGACUCCACCAAAGACACCAGAUGGAAGAGUAACCUCUAAACCUCCACGGACGACAUGGACUGAAGUCAAAAAAUCACCUUAAAGCUGUUUAUGGCAUCAUAGAUCUUGUUUAUUGAUAAGUGUGUUUAAAAAAAACAACAACCCGACAACCUUUGAAUGUUUAAAGGUCAACAGAAUUUUGCUUUCCCUGCAAUGAAAUGUGACCCCCAACUCCAACUAAGCACCCCUGGAUUUACUACAUGACAAUUUAUCUACUGGAGCAAAAGAUCAAUGUCAUUUUCUUCCAAUAAUAUGACAAAAAUGUGUUUAUUCGUGUCUAAUAUAUGCAUUCACAUGGAUAAUGUAUUGAUUGUUUCAAGCAGACAUUUAUUUCCUCUUUGCAAAACCUAGACCUGCAGGUGUAGUACUCGGUCGAUGCCACUAGAGGGUAGCAUUUGCAAACUAUUUGAUUUGUGAUGAUAAAAUGUAACAGAAAGAAAAAAAAUGUCUUUUUUUUCUAGAGACUGGUGAAGAUAAAUGUUUUGUUUCACAUCAA